AUGCUCCGAUUUCCUUCCCUCCUAAAAGGUCUUUCGGAUGAAGCGCUUAGGGAUUUACGUUUAAGUAGCCUAGAGUAUGCCAAUCUUCACGGAAUUCUAAAAUAUACCCCGGAAUUAGAGUUAGUGAGUCUCCAACAUACUCUGCUCCCAUCGCCUUUCCCAUCGAAAUCAUUCCAACGGGCGGUGCUUCUACAAAAGGAUUUUAACAUACUUUACCAAAAAGUUGCUGCGGAUCACAAUUUUCUUGUUACUACCCUCAAACCGACCCGUUCAAGUAAUAUAUUUGACUUGAUCCUAUUGUUCUCUUUAAAGAAAAUUAAGUUGUCUCUCAGUCGGUCCGACUACAUGCUCCACCUUGAUAAUGCCACACCUCAGGAAAUGGCUUCCCGCCAAUUUACAGAAUGCGCUAUGCUCAAACAGGUUGAGUACAAUCUUAUUGCCUCGAGUUUUGGUGGGAUAAUGGAAAGGCUUGUACAGCAACAUCAGCUCACCCUUUCCGUUCUCGGUCAUCACUCAGACAACCAGCUCCCACCAUGCCCUUCUGCUACUGGAUUUGGCCGUGCAAUUGUGCAAGCUGUCGGAGAAUACUGCAAGCUCUUGCAAUCAUUGGCUCUCAGCAUUGACAAACAGCCGGCAGUACUUAUUGUUAUCUCAUCUCACGAAACCAAUGUCUUUGAUCAGCGAAGCAUUGAGUUAGCAGUCCUCCAGUUAAACCCAAACAUAAAAAUCCUAAGACGAACCUUUGCGGAUCUUUCCAAGAUUUCUAAGAGAGUUCAGUGCGAUAACAAUCACCGGUUGUUUGUGUAA